AGCGCCCAAUAGAGGAGUUCCGCCCUCAUUCCAAGCCGGCCGUGACAGAUAUCCCUUAUUCGGAGACUUUACGAAAGACCUGGAAUAACUUCACAGCUGCUUUUCAGCGUGCUAACUCAGAUCAUCCAAUAGAUAUUAUACGAUCGACGACCUCUUAGGCAUCGUGCCAAAGGAAGAUGAAAUGAUAGUGAUAGAAUAGAAGGACGAAGUUCUCGAGGCUCCACUUUUUAAGAGCCAAUCGAAGGAUAGCAUUAGCAUCGAGACCGCUAAUGCCUUCGGUAACCGCCAACAACUGCUGGGUCUACGAGCAGGAUAUGCGGUCCCUCCAAGAUAAUAUAAUAUCCGAGCUGAGGGCCUCUAUCUAAUGAACCUCUUUGAGUCCGAAGCUACGCGGAUGGUGUAUGCUGGUUAUACGGAUCCGAACAUACUUUCCAGGCAUUAUAUGUCUCGAAACGGCGCAGACGGCCAGGCGGCCUACCACGACCAGAAACGGCGGGCCCUUAUUCUCGAUCUAUUCCGUGGAUUGAUAAUACAUCGAAAUCCGAAUCUGUUGUAGUGCCCACCUACAAAGACGCGAUUCGAAUUCGAUAACAAGCCGGAGUUGAUCGAGAUUAAUAAGAAACUCGCUAUACGACGGGGCAUAACUGGCACGGAAUGGUUACUCGAGCGAAAGAAUCUCUAUAACGAAAGGAGAAAACUACUCAAUAGCGAGCUCCGAGAGUGGCAAAAGAGUUAACUAAUUAAGUAUAAUGACCUUCCGGGAUACUAUCGGGCUAUAUUCGACCGAGUCAGUUUUAUGAUAUCAGAAAGACGCCGUCUUGCCGAAAACCUUUUCGAUAUCGAUACGAUGCGGAGCUCUGUGGGUCUCGAGGUACUACGCGACAUAAUUUCACUUUAUUAAUAGAGCUCCGUCGUGAGAUAUCGACUUGGGUUGGAGCUAGAUAAGUGCUAUUGUAAGAAAGACGACAAUAGCUCGGUUUCCGGCUUUGGCGAGGGUGGCGACGGCUCUUCCUAUAAUUGGCGACAUAUAUACG